CAGUAGACUGCAACACUGCAUAUUUGCUACUGCAAUUAAUGGCACCGCACGCUACUGACGACGGCAACAACAUGAGCUCUGAAGCGCCUAUGACCAAUGGCGAGACGCCCACCUCCAAGGCUCUAUCGCAUCUGCACUCCUACCCUGUAGUUCACGACAGUGUUGAGACCUUCAAGUCCAACCCCUAUGGUUCGCGCGCCUUGAACCUCGCCAACAACACCUACCAGUCCAUCGUCGCACCCUUUCACCCAUACUUGCGCACACCCUACUCCUACAUCUCACCCUACCUGGCACGCGCCGACCAGCUCGGGGACUCUGGCCUAUCCACUCUAGAGACACACCUACCCAUUGUCAAGGAAGACACUUCAAAACUGAAAGAAUAUGCUUUCUCGCCCGUCACAUACGUGCAAGGUACCUGGCAAGACGAAUACAACAAGACGCAUUACAACAACGGCGUUGUCAAGAUGGGUGUUGCGACAGUCAGCUUCGAGCUCAGGAUGUUGAGCGAUGCGUGUGACGUUGUGUUGAAUUACCUGAACAAGGGAAAGGAGCAGACGAAGAAGAAGGUUGACGAGGUCAAGCAGUAGAGUAAGGCGCUAAUGUGCAAAGUCUGGCAGUGUGUUUGUACGAUGAGAGACAAUUGGAAAAGCAAGGGCAAAGGGGCGUCCAUCAGUGUGGCCUUGUUGACGUAACGUGGAGUAACUUUCUUGCGUCCGUUUGCGCACCUUUCCUUAGAAGAUAGACCGAUUAAUAAAUGAUAUCCCUUCUGUUCAAUU